AUGUUCGGCUUAAGUACAAGACGCUCCGCCGCGUCGCGCUCCAAAUGUCUUACCAACACCCCGACCAGCUUAAGUAGCAGUGUCCGCUCACCUGCACACCGAUCUCUGCUCUCAGCCCGCGACUUUCACCCCAGUCAACACAAUGCCGCAUUCCGACCUACCUGGAUGCCUAUGAGAGUCAAGACUCCUUGGAUUGAAGCACUCACGAAAAGCCGCGAGACUGCAAAGUCUAGUCAGGGGGCUGCUGCUGCGCCCUCGGCGAAACCUGAUCUGACGCCGAAGAAGAUGUCGGAUAGUUAUUAUAGCGCCGUUCUGCCUCUGGCUCAGGAUAAGUGGCUGCUUGAUACGUAUCUUAAUGCUUCGGGACAUAUCAGAUUGGGGUCCCUGCUUAUGGACCUCGAUGCGCUGGCGGGUGUCAUUGCCUACAGACAUGCUGGUGACUCGGUCACUACGGUCACGGCGGCCGUGGAUCGCAUUACCAUUGAGCAUCCGCUGAUGGAGAUCUGUGACCUCGAACUCAGCGGUCAGGUCACAUAUGCGACGGGUCGCUCUAGUAUGGAGAUCUCCAUUCAGGUGGCCAAGGCUCCUGCUCCGGGAAAGGAGGUUGAGCCGGAAGAUGUGCUCAUCACCUGUGCGUUUACGAUGGUGUCGUUGGAUCCUGCGACGAAGAAGCCCGUCAACAUCGCCCCCCUAGUGGUCGAAACAGCCGAAGAGCGUCUCCUCUUCAAGCAAGGCGAAGAGAACUACCAAGCUAAGAAAGCACUACGAUCCAAGAGUCUUCUCGAGACAGCCCCCGAUGCGGAAGAAAGUAACCUCAUUCACUCCAUGUGGACAAAGGAGAUGUCCUACCUCAACCCCGAAAACCCCGCCCAACGGCCCUCCAACAACGUCUUCAUGAGCGACACCGUGCUCAAAUCCGCCAUGAUCAUGCAACCCCAAGACCGCAACCGCCACAACUUCAUGAUCUUCGGUGGCUUCCUUCUCAAACAGACCUUUGAGCUUGCCUUCUGCUGCGCCGCGUCCUUCUCGCAUUCUCGCCCCAACUUCAUCUCCCUGGACCCUAGCACGUUCGAGAACUCUGUGCCUGUGGGCAGCGUGCUGUAUCUGCGCGCCACGGUGGCGUACACGGAGCCGCUGGAACGCGAGGGCGUGGAGAGCAAGUACACGAAGGUGCGGGUGCGGGUGGACACGAAGGUGAGAGAUGUGGAGCAUGGAACUAAGAAGCCCACGGGCAUGUUUAAUUAUACCUUCCUCGUGGAGAAGGAUGUGCAGGUCAUGCCCAAGAGUUAUAAUGAGUUUAUGAUCUGGACAGAUGCUAGGAGACGGUCGGAGAAUGCGGCGGCUAUGUUGCAUGGGUCGAAGGAGCCGAGUGCGUUGAGAGGAUUGAAGGAUAGUGUUACGGAGUAG